GAAGCAGCGUUUUUCAAGAUCACCAUGAGAAAGGAAUGGGAAGAGCAUGGCCUGAUGAUAAUUUGUAAAUCAGCACAGAUGAGUAAAUUCAAACUUGUUUUGUUCGAUAAAGAAGGUGGUGUUAGACUUAUACAGGAAAGUAAUAAACGGAAGGGUUGCACGGCAGCAGAGUUCUUCUUUGUACCGUUCAAUCGCGCGAAUUUGAGUGAAUUUAUACCGAUGAAGUUUUUGAUGGAAGACAAAGAGACACCGAUAUCGUUUCAUUUAUUGGAUACACUCGAAACUGUUGGCUCGCAUACACUGGAAGAACGAGAUCAUUAUUUGUGUGUUUACGGUGAUAACUGGAUUAAGGAUGUCAGGUAUCAACUCAAGUUCGUACCUCUGAAUGGUUCACCACAAUCAGUUGAGCUGAAACGAGAACAAGCCUACGAUAAUCUCGAAAAAGAGAGUAUGUCACCGUACUUGGCGAAAAAAAUCUCGCCAUCGCAUUCGUCAAAAGGAUUAUUUUCGAGUUGGUUCUAG